AUGUCGGUGAGCUACUUCCAGGAGCGAGCAACUCCCGCUUCUCAGAAUGGUACUUCUCCGUCCUCUCCGUCGGUAGCGCCUGCAUCGCGAGGCACAAAUGCUCUCUCGAGUAGGAUCACCAGCGUGCUCUCUGCAUCGUACGCAGACUUGGAAAUUCGCGAUGCCCUGGAAACUCUGGAUGCGCGUGGCGUGCAGAACACCGCCGAAACACGACGGCAGUUGCGUUUAGAUGUGCAGAAGGAUGUCAUCGAGUGCAAUGGCGAGAUUAUCAAGGACUUUGGCCAGGUUGCAGAACAACUGAAACGUAUCGGAACUGCUAUCAGUAGCCUGAAUACGUACUGCGCGGAUAUGCGCGGUCAUAUUGAAGCUGCCAACAGAGAAACUGGACCCGUCCUGGAGGAAGCCACAAGCCUCAUAACCCAGAGGAAGCAGGUCGAAUCUAAGCAGCAGAUUCUGAACGCCUUCAGCACUCACUUCCUGAUAUCGGAAGAAGACGCCACUAUCCUGACCUCCACUGCUGAGCCCGUCAAUGAGGAGUUUUUCCAGGUCUUGACCCGCGUAAAGAAGAUACAUCACGAUUGUCAAGUCCUGCUCGGGACCGAGGACCAGCGGUUGGGCCUGGAAGUGCUAGAUCAGAGCUCCAAGCAACUCAAUUCAGCCUUCCAAAAACUGUAUCGGUGGAUCCAACGCGAGUUCAAGACACUGGAUCUCGAGAACCCACAAAUCAGUGCUUCUGUGCGCCGGUCUCUGCGCGUGCUGGCUGAACGUCCCACUUUGUUCCAAAGCUGCCUGGACUCGUUUGCCGAGGCACGAGAAGCCAUUUUGUCUGAUUCAUUCCACGCUGCGUUGACCGGAUCGACAUCAGAAGAGCACAUAGCCACCAAACCGAUCGAGUUUCAUGCCCACGACCCACUCCGCUAUGUUGGAGAUAUGCUUGCGUGGGCACACUCCACGACAGUAUCGGAGAGGGAGGCGCUCGAAAACCUUUUCAUCUCAGACGGCGAUGAGAUCAAACGUUCUAUCCAAGCAGGUCUUGAAAGUGAGCCGUGGCUAAGAGGCGAUGAGGAUGCAGAAGUCUUCGACGGACGGAAAGCCCUAAAUCAGCUCGUUAGCCGCGAUCUCACGGGUGUGGCGCGUCUUUUGAGGCAGCGGACCGAACAGGUUGUCCAGAGUCACGACGAUGCAACCCUUGCUUACAAGAUCGCAAACUUGAUUGGUUUCUAUAAAGGAACCUUUGCCAAGCUACUUGGAGCAGAUUCCGAUGUCUUGGAUGUGUUUGAUACACUAGAGGCUUCUGCGAUGCGACAGUUCCGUGCUAAUAUGAGAGAUUAUGUCGCCAAUGUCCAGAGCGACCUCGCUGUCGCGCCAGCCGAUCUGUCCGCCCCCGAAUUCCUGGAGGAUGCACUCCAAAUGCUUCGAGUACUUGCGAAAAGCUACGAUACUUCAUUUGCCGCAACGGAUGACAACGGGCAAGGAUUCCAGACUGUACUUGCGGAAUCUCUGGAUCCCUUCUUGAAUGGUUGCGAGAACCUACAAAAAGGAAUGAAACUGCCUGAUAGCGCCAUCUUCGCCAUCAACUGCCUCUUUGCGGCUAAAGAGGUCCUCUCUCAGUAUACCUUCGCUAGCGAGCGGGUCAGCGACAUCGACGAUACAAUCGAUGAGCAUGUUGCGAAGUUGACAGACUACCAACACCAGUACUUGGUUCAUGAAUCUGGUCUCAUCACCCUCAUCAAUGCGCUUGAAGGGAUUACCGACUCGCCAGAAAGUCUCAAGACCAUUCCUGAUUUGGAUGCGUUCAAGCCGGACGCACUCGUGGCAGCCAGUCAGCAACUCGACGAGUUCUUGCCGUCUGCUAUCAUUGAUGCAUCGGAAAACAUCAAGCGGCUGCGCAACAGAAAGAUGAUACAGGACAUCACGGAAGAAGCAGCCGGCAAGUUCUGUGAGGACUUUGAGGUUGUGGAGGCCAAGAUGAUGGCGGCUGAUGAUCUGACAUACGACGAAGAUAAGGAAGACGAGGACCAGGAACCCGGUUUGAGGGAUAUGUUUCCCCGUACCAGUGGUGAGAUACGGGUGCUGCUCAGCUAA